AUGUCUUACACACGAGUAGAUCAUCCCACUGGAAAAAUGGCUUGUCACCUGAGGCAGAUUUUGGCAAGCCCACUGUUUUUCGCAAAUUAUGUACUACAUGCAGCCAUUCACUACCCUUCGAGCGACAUACGCGGCGACAUCCUGUAG